GGUCAUUAGGGGACACCCAGUGAUGUCACCAUUGAGAUCCCAGGAACCUGACAGCCUCCCUGAAACCACUGAAAUGUUAAGCUGGGGUGGAGCAGGAAAGCUUGUUCAUUUUAAGUUAUAACUCUCUUCUAGCCCCCAAGAAUAGAGAAGGGGUGAGUGUUAUGGGGAGGGGCUACUGCAUACAUAGGCCCUGUGAGGUAAUCGAAGAAGUGGCAUAUGCCCAGCGUGCCUGGUUCCCAUGCUGUGGGUGGUCAUGACAUCUGGGUCCCGGCUGUUGUGUUUCCCAGGUGGGCAGGGCAGAGGUAAGGUCCUCCCUGAAGCAAAACAGUAGCUGGAAGCUGAGGAUCCUCUGUGGAGGUGGAGGUGUACUGUGGUGGUAGCAGGAGAACCCUGCCUUUAGGACAAUGGGGUGCAGGGAAGAGGAUGGUAUCAUCACCCCAAAUGCCUGUCAAGGGAGGAAGCCCUUCGAGGUGGUAGGAAUCCUCUUGAAAGGUGAAGGUCUUGGGAAUGAGUCUAUGUGACCGGUAGCCUCAAGCCUGACAGAAACCCUGUUAAUUCUGAGAAGUGUCAUGAGGGGACAGUCCACUCAGGGUGGCAUACCGCUGUCUCGGGCUGUGGGUGCAUGAGGGCAGGUCCUGAGGCCCUCUGAAUUCCUAGCCUUUUCCUAUCCCAGAAGGAACAGGUGGGAGGGAGGUUCUCUGGCAAUGAUCUGGGCCAUGCCCAGUGAGAUAAAGGGGGCCUGCCUUGACUCUAACUGUAUUGUCCGAUGUUCGCUGUUAGCCCAGACAUGUGCUCUGGACUCCAAGAGAUACUGUCCCUUACUGACGCCUCUUUGUGUCUUCCACAGUGAAUCUCUUUUUUACUGGGAGGCUCAGCAGUGCAGUCCCUGCCUUAGCCGCCUGCAGUGGGAAGCUGGAACAGCACACUGAACGGCGAGGGGUCAUCUACAGCCCAGCCUGGCCCCUCAACUACCCACCGGGCACCAACUGCAGCUGGUACAUUCAGGGUGACCGUGGUGACAUGAUCACCAUCAGUUUCCGCAACUUUGAUGUGGAGGAAUCUCACCAAUGCUCCCUGGACUGGCUGCUGCUGGGCCCGGCAGCUCCACCUCGCCAGGAGGCCUUUCGCCUCUGUGGCUCAGCCAUCCCGCCCGCCUUCAUCUCUGCCCGUGACCAUGUCUGGAUCUUCUUCCACUCAGACGCCUCCAGCUCCGGCCAGGCCCAGGGCUUCCGCCUCUCCUAUAUCCGAGGGAAACUGGGCCAGACAUCCUGCCAGACAGACGAGUUCCGCUGUGACAAUGGCAAGUGCCUGCCUGGUCCUUGGCAGUGCAACAUGGUGGAUGAGUGUGGAGAUGGGUCGGACGAGGGUAAUUGUUCCGCGCCUGCCUCGGAGCCACCAGGCAGCUUGUGCCCCGGGGGGACGUUCCCGUGCAGUGGCGCCCGCUCCACACGCUGCCUUCCGGUGGAGAGGCGCUGUGAUGGCACACAGGACUGUGGCGAUGGCUCCGAUGAGGCUGGCUGCCCCGACCUAGCAUGUGGCCGGCGGCUGGGCAGCUUCUACGGUUCCUUCGCCUCCCCAGACCUGUUUGGUGCUGCCCGUGGGCCUUCGGACCUUCAUUGCACGUGGCUGGUGGACACCCAGGACCCUCGGCGUGUGCUGCUGCAGCUGGAGCUACGGCUGGGCUACGAUGACUACGUCCAAGUGUAUGAAGGCCUGGGCGAGCGUGGCGAUCGUCUGCUCCAAACAUUGUCCUACCGCAGCAACCACCGGCCCGUGAGCCUCGAGGCGGCACAGGGCCGCCUCACUGUGGCCUACCACGCUCGGGCCCGCAGUGCCGGUCAUGGCUUUAACGCCACAUACCAGGUGAAGGGUUACUGCCUUCCGUGGGAGCAGCCAUGUGGGGGCGGCAGCGAGGGAGACGACAGCAGCGCAGGGGAGCAGGGCUGCUUCUCAGAGCCACAGCGCUGCGAUGGCUGGUGGCACUGUGCCAGUGGCCGGGAUGAACAGGGCUGCCCAGCAUGCCCUCCGGACCAGUAUCCCUGCGAGGGUGGCAGUGGCCUGUGCUAUGCACCUGCCGAUCGUUGCAACAACCAGAAAAGCUGCCCUGAUGGCGCCGAUGAGAAGAACUGCUUUUCCUGCCAGCCGGGCACCUUCCACUGUGGUACCAACCUGUGUAUCUUUGAGACGUGGCGCUGUGACGGCCAGGAGGACUGCCAAGAUGGCAGCGAUGAGCAUGGCUGCCUGGCCGCUGUGCCCCGCAAGGUCAUCACCGCGGCUCUCAUUGGCAGCCUGGUGUGUGGACUGCUGCUUGUCAUCGCCCUAGGCUGUGCCUUCAAACUCUACUCCCUGCGCACGCAGGAGUACAGGGCCUUUGAGACCCAAAUGACACGGUUAGAGGCAGAGUUUGUGCGGCGGGAGGCCCCCCCAUCCUACGGCCAGCUCAUCGCACAGGGCCUCAUCCCACCAGUCGAGGAUUUUCCUGUCUACAGUGCAUCCCAGGCUUCAGUGCUACAGAACCUUCGCACAGCCAUGCGACGACAGAUGCGCCGGCAUGCCUCCCGCAGGGGGCCAUCGCGCCGCAGGCUCGGCCGCCUCUGGAACAGGCUCUUCCACCGCCCACGGGCACCUCGAGGCCAGAUCCCGCUGUUGACUGCUGCACGUACCUCACAGACCGUGCUGGGCGAUGGGCUCCUCCAGGCGGCACCAGGGGCUGCCCCAGAUCCCCCAGUGCCCCAUACAGACACAGGCAGCCCCAGGGAAGCUGGAGAUGGGCCUCCCAGUGGCCCUGGCCAUGUACCAGAAGUGGGGCCUUCAGUGCCACCCCCACCCAUGAACCCGCGAGACCCAGAGUACAGGCCAGAGGACAAGGAGAGAAAAGCCUGUGAGGACCCUCCGGAAGACAGCCCAGCCCCUGUGGACACGCCUCCAGAGCCCUGCUUGACCCAAGACCCUUACCCCCAGACGCCUACUGCCAGCAGCACCCAAGAUCCCCACUCGCCAGAGUCAUCGGGGGUCUGCAGGAGCCCCCCGCCACCCUGCUCCCCAGUAUUGGAGGCUAGUGACGACGAGGCCCUGCUGGUCUGCUGACCCAUUGGACAUGCUGGUGACUGCCACAGCCCCGCUUUGUAACCAGGGAAUACACAGUCAUUUCUA